GGAAUUUCAAUUAACUAUGGAUCAAUAUCAGACUAUAUUACCAAAAUAAGUGUAGGACUAUUGCACGUAUGGUUAAUAAUAGUGAAAUGAUUUUAUGAAAUUUCAUGAUCUUAAUGGUCAAUUUGAAUCAUCCAAUCUGAAAGAAACGUACAAACACUUCCAAAAAAAUCUAUAUAAGACUCAACACGUUAUAUCAACGUCUAAAACGAGAAAAUGAUAUCUACGUUUUCAUUUGGUCAGUUGGUAACGAUUUAUUCAUUCAUUGUCCAUACAUGGGAAUUUUUCGACUGUAAUGAAUUUUGUGAAAACGCUCGUUUACUUAGUCAAGCAAAAGUAAUUUUCCAAAGUGAUACACAUAAAUAUUCUCAUUAUUAUCACUAUUCCCAGUUCAUUCGUUCUAAUCAGCCCUCUCCAAUUGUUAGCGAAAAUUUUGAAAAAUUGGAUAAUGCGAAGGAAAUAACACUGAAAUCCCCCUUGACAUUUUACGGUGCUGAUCUCAACUCAGUAUAUAUAGAUACUCACGGUGAAAUUUCUGUGGGACAACAUGGUGAUUUAAGAGUAAUUAUGAAUUCUAUCUACGGCAAUUUUGUGUGUGAAACUGAGAUUUUGAAUGAGGAUGAUACAUUGAAGGCAAUGCAUCUGAUACACUCGAAUGGGAAGAUAUAUUUCUAUUUUGAGAACAUUCCUAGUGGAUUUGAGAGAAACCUUGUUUUGUCGAGGAUUUUUUAUUAUAUCGCGUGUGAAAACGUUUAUAAAGGGCCUGAAGCAGAUGUUCCUUCUGAAUGGAUCACAAAUGGAACACUAGUGGAAUAUGAAGUUCUUGGGGAUUGCCCAAAACACAAUUCGUUUGCAGCAUGUCAUGAUGCAACAACAUCAAGCACAAAGUGUCUUUGGUGUGAGAAAGCCAAUGCAUGCAUUACUAGAAGUGAUAAGGACGUUCAUGACUUCAAAGUAAAUGGUUGCCAGGUUGAAGUAAGCAAUUAGUAGACCUCAAAGAUUGUUCUUAAUAUUACAAUAUUCCAUAUUGCAAUCCUUUUUUUUCGGAACAACAUUUAUAUUGUUACGAAUUAGUAGUGAAUUCUUGUGUACCACAAGUGCAUAAAUCACAGUAACUUAUACGAUAUUGAAGCACAUAUGAAUGCAAUGCUUUAUUUUCACGUGGACAUUCAACAAUGAAUAGAAGAUUUGUUUAACACUAAUACCUGGAAAGAUGUUAAUUCUUUAGCUCAUAGAAUGUGUAGUGAUUCCCUAUUGUCAAUGUUUCCACUGAACCAAAAACUCUAGGAACUACUGAAACUGAUCUAAUAAAUGAAUUGAAGAAGACUAAUCCAAGCACUGAAUCACAUUUGGUAAAUCUUUGAUAAUUUUGUAAUCAUUAUACAAUUUCGUUCAUUUCAGAACAUGACCACAGAUACAACAACUCUAGCAACUACUGAAACUGAUCUAAUAAAUGAAUCGAAGAAGACUAAUCCAAGCACUGAAUCACAAUUGAACAUGACUACAGAUACAAUUGAAGACACUGGGGAAAGAAAAUCACCGCAAUACGUGUAUAUCGUUGUACCAUUAAUUAUAUCUUUCCUUAUUGUUUGCAUUGGUUGUGGUAUUUGGCUAUGGUUCCACAGAAGGAAGAGAGUUUAUCCAUAGUCCCCACAAACAGCGUGUCAAUUGUUUUUAUCAAGUUCACUUUGUUCUUUUCAUUUUGUAGUUUAGUAAACACACUUUCUAUUCUGUUAAUCAUUCCAAUACAUUGAAUAUUGUUUCAUUCAACCGCAUGUCACAUUGAUGAUUGUUUAUGUAAUGACUGAUGUCACUUUGUUG